CUCGCUGGAGAAAGAAGAGGGAGAGAGAGAGAGCGAGAAAACUCGCAGAGAGCAAUACCAUCCUUCCCAGAUCGUCAAUUUACCCUCAGGGAGCUUCAAUUUAACCGAGCAUCAUCAACUCUAAUGGGUAAAUCUGCUACUUCGUUGGUUGUAUGCCUUCUUCUGUCGUUUUAUCCGUUGGCGGCGGUGGCGGCGUCGGCCACGGCGGAGGAUCGGGCGAAUAAGUCCUCUACGCCCGGAUUCCUAUGGUCCACCGCUAAGGAAAAGAGCGAUCUUCUGGCUGCAAUUGAUCCCGACGAUGAUUACGCUGUGGAUGGGGAUGCUUCUGGCGAGUUCGCCGGAGGAUUCUCCUCCCUUGAGGGCAUGUUGCAGUGGGCCAUAGGCCAUUCUGAUCCGGAGAAGUUGAAGGAUAAAGCAAAUGAUGCUCAGAGAUUAUCUCCAGCUGAGCUGAACAAACGUCAAUUAGAAAUAAAGGAACUGAUGGAGAAACUUAAGAUGCCUUCAGAUGCCGAGUUGAUGAAAAUAGCUAUCAAUGAUCUGAAUAAUUCUUCUAUCUCAUUAGAGGAUCGACAACGUGCAUUGAAUGAACUUUUGAUUCUUGUUGAGCCUAUUGAUAAUGCAAAUGACCUUGAUAAAUUGGGUGGUCUUGUUGUUGUGGUUCGAGAGCUUGUUAAUCCUGAGCCUGAGAUACGAACAACCUCUGCAUGGAUUCUUGGAAAAGCAAGCCAAAACAAUGCACUCGUACAGAACCAGAUCCUUGCUCUUGGAGUUAUGACAAGGCUAAUGAAAAUGGUAAAAUCCAGUUACACGGAAGAAGCUAUAAAGGCAUUAUUUGCUAUUUCAUCCUUGAUCAGGAAUAAUGAGAAUGGCCAGGAGUUGUUCUUUUCAGAGAAUGGAUCGUUGAUGUUACAGGACAUAAUGAGCAAUAUUAGCAUUGACAUUAGACUUCAGAAAAAGGCUGUUCUUCUUGUAGCAGAUUUGGUGGAUUACCAGCUAGAGAGAGCAGGUGGCGCAAAAGAUGCUGUGGUUACUGAUCGACUCUUUUUGAAGGCAGUUGUUGAUUUAACAUCAUCAAAUGACCUUGAUCUUCAGGAGAAGGCACUACUAGCAAUUAAGAGCCUACUGCAACUCCCCUCCACAGAUGCUUUAGAUUUCAAGAAUUUCUGUGACCUUGAAAAAGUUCUGGAAAGACUAAAUGAUCAGCUGGGGAAGAUAAAGAAACAAGAUGACUAUUAUGAUGAAGAAAUAAAAAGCCUUAUAAGAGAAAUACACAUCAUUUUUCAUAGAAAACUAGACAAGCAUGCAGGUUUCAUGGGUUCCAACUUAGAGGAUUAGAGUACUUCUCAUCAAAGAUUUUGUUCAUUCUGCUAAUUUCACACUGUUUGCAUUAUGAAGUGAGACUUUCCAGGUCUCAAGUCUCUCAGACAAGUUUGAAAUCAUUCUUGGAAUAUUGAAAGGUUCAGAUCUUAAUUUUUAGUAGCCAAAAGUAUUUGAUUGAGAUGGCUUUGUUAUAUAUGCAGCUCUGUAAAUUAAACUGAGGAAAAUUUGAUUUAUGGCCUUUUGAGAUGCUUGUUUAGUUAGUUAAAGUUGACCAGAAAGUUAACCCCU